AUGUCUACACUCGACAUGGAUAUUGAGAUGGACAUCGACAUGGGGUUGACCGACGACCUGGGUAUCCCAGACGUCGAGAUUCUUCCAGAUACUACGUCCUUCUCUGGUCUGCAAGAGCCUCAACCAAUAUUGAAUACCCCCAACGAUACCUCCGAUUCGAACGCCCACGAACUCGCUCCCCACAAGGUUCAUCUUCGCGGUUUGGAUAAUCUCACAACCAAAGACAUCCGAGCCUUUGCAACCGAGUACUACACAGAGCAGCGACCUGUACACGUCGAGUGGAUUGAUGAUACAUCGGCAAACCUAAUCUACGAUACUGAGGAUACUGCGAAGGCGGCGCUGGUGGCAUUUUCUUCGGUCGAGAUCAAGGAUGUCUCGCAGAUUCCGCUUCUGCAGACCAUUCCUGCCAAGGCCUUUCCUCAGCACCCCGAUACACGUCUAGAAGUCAGAUUGGCUGUGGUUGGAGAUCGUAAGCAAGCUGGCGCUCGAGAGCGAAGUCGAUUCUAUCUCUUCAAUCCCGAGUAUGAUCCGGCGGAGCGUCGCAAGCGGAACACCAGAGGACCAAGAACUUAUCGAGACCGUGACGAUGGAGGAUAUCGGAGCCAGCGCUACGAUGACGAGGAGCAACAAAAUAGAGAGCGCAAUGCUGAUUUUGACGCUUCUCUGUACGAUGAUGACGAGGCUUCAAGGGCACAGCGUUCGGGUGGAAACCACAAUCGCAAUAAUUCAUCCUCCAGCGGCGAGUCGCGACGGCCACGGGCCCCAAGACGCGAGAGAGAGCUAUUUCCUGAGCGCGAGGCUCGAGGUAGUGGGCGGCUGAGAAAUAGAAGUGCAUCUCCACUCCGUGACAGAGAUGGAAACCAGGACUUGGUCGAGGAUCGGAUCGUAGAGAGAAGACGCCGUCAAGCUGCAGCCGCUGAAGCCAAUCGACAGGCAGCACAAGCUAUCAAGGCGAAGUCGAGAGACCCAGCUGCCCCGAAAGAGCUCUUCCCAUCAAAGUCCAGCCCUGGCCAUCGUCGUUCCUAUGCUCUGGAUGCUUCUGACCCGGCCGACAAUACCGCCGACCUCUUCGCCAGAAUACCAAUACCCCUCACCGAUGGCAGUGCAGAUAGUCGCCCACGAGGCGAAUCACUUGCUUCGAGAAUCACUGGAAAGGCCUCUGAGGCUGAAACCUCGGGUUUUAGCAUUCGUGGAACGGCAAUGGCACCUCCUUCGCAAGUAUUCAACAUCAAAGGUGCAGCUCGUGUCAAGGAGUUGUUUCCUGCUACUUUGGGCGACAACAGUGGUAAAGAGCUCUUUUCCGAGCGUUUGGAAGGCAGAGGUCGACGAAGACAAAAGGCGGAGGAUCUCUUCCAUUGA